AUGGACUCUGGAGACACCGUGCUAGGGCAAGAAUCUACCUCAAAGUGCGGAGAAUCUGACAUAGUACCAAACAGAUGGUGUCAAGAGAAUCCAGCUAUAGUUACAAUGAGUAUUUAUGAUAGUCAAGAAGGAGAAAGACAGCCAAAGGUUAACCCUGAGCAUCUCUCAAACCCAGCAUCAGUACAAUAUUUUAGUUCCUUAAAAUCAGGAGCACAAAAUGAAGCCACACAGCAGAUACCAGAAAAGCAAUUUACGCAAAAACGUCCUGGUUCUUACACUCAUCGGCAUUCACUCUCAUUUCCACAACAUACAGUCCAUCAACAGAGGUUGGUGCAUAGCACAAAGCCUCACCAGAGUCUGGAAGGACAUGCUUACCCUUAUAGUCACUUGCCUGUUGCUCCAGAGGAUUUAUUCCUUCGAAUGCAUGGACACAGUGCUGCAUUCUCCAGAAAAAAGUUUUCAGCACUUGCUUCAUUCAGCCAGUAUUCACAAAAAUCUACUGAGCAAUCAGAAGACAUCCAUAAAAAGGAGCAAAAGCCCAAAAAAACCUGGCAAGUAUAUAUGUCCGUAUUGUACACGGGCGUGUGCCAAACCAAGUGUGCUGAAAAAACAUAUACGCUCUCACACUGGAGAGCGCCCCUAUCCCUGUGUACCAUGUGGUUUUUCCUUCAAAACAAAAAGCAAUUUGUAUAAGCACAGGAAGUCACAUGCACAUGCUAUAAAAGCUGGAUUAGUUCCUUUUGCCGACUCUGCUGUAUCCAAACUAGAUUUAGAAUCAUCUUGUAUUGAUGUAGAAACAGAAAUACAUUCUGAUGGGGAGCAGAGUACAGACACUGAUGAAGAGACAUUGUUACUAGUAGAAGACUCAGAAAAACUUAGCCCCAUUUCCCAGAUUCCAUUGGAUUUGGCUAUCAGAAGUGGAGAACUUUUAGAUCCAAGUUUUCACACAUCGGAAGAAUCUUUAAGUGGCUCAAUGAAAGUGCCAAUACUGAUAAUCCCUAAAAGUGGAAUUAGCUUAUCUAGUGAAAACCCUCAUUUUAUAACACCUGAAUUAAUGCACAACCCAUCAUUAAGUGGAAAAAUGAAUGAACCACAUACCGCUAAACAAAAACUUGCACUAAAGAUUACAGAAAAAAAAGGCCAUGAUUCAGAGAAGUCUUUAAAUCUUUUAAGCCCUCACAGUAAAGGAAGCACAGACUCUGGAUAUUUUUCAAGAUCAGAAAGUGCAGAUCAGAAUAUAAGUCCUCCAAAUACUAAUGCAACUUCCUAUGAAGAAAUAAUUUUUGGCAAGUAUUGUAGAUUAAGCCCCAGGUCUUCAAUGCAAAGUCAGGAAUCCAGUAUGUCAGUUGGUAACACUAGUGUGAUUGAGGAGCACAUUUCACAGUACAUGUCAAAGAGAGAAGAGCUUUUGGAUCAGAGCAAACUGAAGCCUAUGAAGUCAAGAUUAACUGGCAUCCGUGUUUCUGAACUGCAGAAAUCACAACUUAUUACAGAGUCUCUUGAAAGUGAAUCUAAACUGUAUCCAGACAUCCACCAAGGUCAAACAGCAGUCUUUUUGGAGACUCCCAGUGAUGUAUCACCACUUAUAAGAAGUAACUCAAUGCCAACUUCCUCUGGAGUAAGUUUAAGUGUUCCACCAUCUAUAAGGGGCAGUCACUCAUUUGAUGAGCGAAUGACAGGUUCGGAUGAUGUGUUCUAUCCAGGUACAACAGGCAUCCCACAUCAAAGACUCCUGAGGAGGCAAGGUGCAUUUGAAUUGCCACUGGUCUUGGAGGGCCAUUCUGAUUUUGAUACAUAUGCCAGAAUAACUAAAAAUGCACCUUCUGGCUACAGCAGAAAAGUUUUACAUGAAAAAACUGUUUCCUCAAAAGAGAAGAAAAUGCCAUCAAUGUAUGAAUAUAGUGUCUCAGGAAUUCACCCAAAAAGAUGGGAUGAAUAUGAAGCCCACAAACAGAGUUAUAGAGAUGUUCAGUACAUAGGUGGAAUGAAACCAGGAGGUGAAUACUUUAUAGAUGCAACUGCACCUUUACAAUCUCGAGUUGGAACAAUGAUUGAAAACAGAAAGCGCAGAAAGGAGAAAAGUGUUGGAGAUGAGGAAGAUAUUUCUGCUCCUUCAGAUGCAGUGAACAGUUCAGCAGGUAGUCCAGUUAUUGUAGACUUUGAUACAAAAACACAAGGCCAGGAACCUGGCAGGGUUAGCUUUUCUAUUUCAGGGCAAGAGUAUGUUUACAGUGGGCCUCAAGAUAUUGGUCGAUUGCAUCAACAGAUGGGAAGUCCUGUACCUAUAUUAGAUGAGUCUUCUUCAGACACUGAUAAAAUUAUAGAUAUAACAAGAAAGCCUCCUGGAAAUGUUAUAUCUGUAAUUCAACACACUAACUCUUUGAGCAGACCCAACUCUUUUGAAAGGUCUGAAUCUACAGAACUACUUGCUACCCAGUCAGCCUGCUCACCAUCAGAAACAUGUGACAGUGGGAACACAAUGUCCUCUAUGAGUCCAGAUUGGACUCAGGCAUCAGAUGUCUCAGAAUCUCCAGGAAGACCAUCUCCAUCGCAACACUCACAGCAGUCUUCAUAUCACAUGCCACCCAAAUUGGUUCGCCAACAUAAUAUUACAGUGCCAGAGAUUCGUGUUACAGAGGAGCCUGAUAAACCUGAAAAAGAACCAGAAAUUCCCAUUAAAGAGCCUGAAAAACCUCCAGAAGAAUUUCAGUGGCCUCAAAGAAGUGAAACCCUUUCACAACUCCCUGCAGAGAAACUGCCACCAAAGAAGAAACGUCUUCGGUUGGCAGACAUGGAGAACUCCUCUGGAGAAUCCAGUUUUGAGUCCACAGGAACGAGUCUGUCCCGUAGUCCAAGUCAGGAGAGCAAUUUAUCACACAGUUCAAGUUUUUCAAUGUCUUUUGACAGGGAUGAUAUAAUCAAAUCAGCUGUAUCAGCUAAACAGGAUGAAAUUGGAAGGCCUCCAGAGUUUUUAACUGUUCCUCCUGGAGCCUAUUCUCUAUCUGUACCUGGUCACCACCAUCAGAAAGAAAUGAGACGCUCCUCUUCUGAACAGAUUCCAUGUCCUAGCCUUACUGAGAUACCUGAAAUUCGAAGCAAAUCUUUUGACUAUGGAAACCUAACUCAUGCCUCUGGGCCUGGUGCUAUCACUACAACUCUUUCUCCAGCCCGUGAAAGAAAAAAGUGCUUUCUUGUUCGUCAAGCUUCUUUUAGUGGCUUUCCUGAAAAUUCCCAGGCAGAGCAAGAACAAACUGGAAGCCAAGAACAAUCUGAUCCACUGCAUAGCAGUCGGAGGUCUUCACAGGUUGCUUGGCAGCUUUCUCCUUCAUCUUCUACAAACUCUGAUGAGGCUGGAAAUGUAGAUGUUGGUACUUCUCCACUACCUGCAUGUACUUCAUCUCCUUAUUCUCAGCAAUCUGUUUCUAGCUAUGAUGCGUUAAGAAGUCCUUUAGGACUGCAGUCAUCCUAUAUACCCAAGAGACAUUUGCCAGACCAACAACAUUCAUUUUCACAUAAUGAGAAAGUUUUAUAUCCGCCAAUUCAUAGUACCUUUCAGUUACCUUAUUCUUCUAUAUGCAUGGCUCAAGUACCAGCACCACAUCCACUUUUGUGGCCAUCUUGUAUUGAUCCUUUGCAAAGACACUUCCAGCACCACUUGCAAAACUUACAAAAAACUUAUUUCAAGCCACCAAGCCAAUCAGAACUACACUCUUCCUAUUAUAUUGAUACUGCCCAAGAUCAUACUGGAUGCAAGCCUUAUAAUUAUUUACAUACCAUGGAAAAAAGCUGUCAGCCAUAUUUAGAAUCCAGCUCAUCGUUAUCAUCCUCAUCCUCAUCAUCAUCAUCAUCAUCCAAAAAGUCUAAACAUAUUCUUUCAAAACUACAGAGAGAUCACAGUGGCGGUUCAAGUGAUUCUUCCACUGACCAACAACUUUCUAUCUCUCCUAAUGCUGGGUCUCUUCAGCCUUUGCCAGGACCCAUAGUUCCAGUUAGAAUUCAGACACACGUGCCAUCCUAUGGGAGUGUCAUGUACACUAGCAUUUCCCAAAUCAUUGUUACACAUUCACAAACUAAUAGCUCAUCAAUAGUUAUAUGCAAAGUGGAUGGAAGCACAUCACAGAAGAUAAUGGCAACAAAUGCAUCCAUGAGAGGUUUGGGAUUCAACAUAGCCCAAAUGUUAGCUCCUUGUGGAGACCUGGAACAGUAUCCUAUAUGGAAAGUGCCACAGACAUUACCACUUGACAUAGAAUCUACAAUACCAUUAUGUUUGGUCUCUACCUCUGACAGUGCAUCUACUUUUGGAGGUGGCAAAAGAAUGCUUUCUCCUGCUAGUAGUUUAGAACUGUUUAUGGAGACAAAGCAGCAAAAGCGUGUUAAAGAAGAAAGAAUGUAUGGACAAAUUGUUAAAGAACUGAGUGCAGUUGAACUUAGUAAUUCUGACAUAAAGAAAAAUUUGUCACGAACCUCAAAACCUCAGUUAGUUAGACAGGGUCGCACCACAGAGCAAAAAGAUAUUCUUUCUUCUGCCCAGACUCCACCACCAUCAUUAUCAAAUUCUCCUCUUAACAUUUCAUCCAGUACAGAGAAGGAGUUGUCUGAGUCCAAGAUCAGUGACACCACUGAAGGACGAAUGUCACCUGAUGAAUUUUAUGAUGAAGAUGCUGCCUCUGAUAUGAGCUUAAGCCCUCCAAGGACAUCCUGUGAAACUCUUGAGGAUGAGCCUCUUAAAAACAAAAACUUGGGUGCAGGGUCAAAAGAUGGAGCUGCAAGUAUACUUAUUAAAGAUGUAUCUGAUGUCCAGCAAAUACUCCAGUUUCCCAGCUUGCGGACUACUACUACUGUCAGCUGGUGUUUUCUUAAAUAUGCCAAACCCAGUCAUACAGAACAGGAAUCACUGUCCUCUGUGUAUGCUUCAUGGUGCAUUAGUUCCUGCAACCCCAACCCUUCAGGGCUUAGCACAAGAACAUCUCUAGCACUUCUGAGAUCCAAGCAAAAGAAUACAUUAUCAGUUUACACCACGGCUACUAUGCAUAGAUCUGGAGCUGGAAAACUAACUUCUUCAAGAGUAUGGAAACUUCAGUUUGCACAGAUGAAACCAGAGCUGCCCCUCCUUGUUAACAGUAAAUUUGAAAAGAAGACUGCUGGAAACAGCAAAGAAAGGACAAAAGGAGAAAGUCAUGGAGAGAAAGAUAUUUCAGCUAAACAAACAGAACCAAUGCGGAUUAAAAUAUUUGAAGGAGGUUUCAAGUCUAAUGAAGACUAUGUAUAUGUGAGGGGACGAGGUCGUGGAAAGUACAUAUGUGAAGAAUGUGGUAUACGCUGCAAGAAACCAAGCAUGCUGAAGAAGCAUAUCCGCACCCACACAGAUGUUCGCCCUUACGUGUGCAAACUGUGCAACUUUGCCUUUAAAACAAAAGGAAAUUUGACAAAACAUAUGAAGUCGAAGGCCCACAUGAAGAAGUGCCUGGAGCUUGGAGUAGCAAUGACAUCUGUAGAUGAUGCAGAAACAGAAGAGUCAGGAAGCAUUGAAGAAAUGCACAAAGAAACAGACAAGAGCAGCAUAGCUAUUGAUCACCAGUUUUCUGAUGCCGAGGAAACAGAUGGUGAAGAUGGAGAUGACAAUGAAGAUGAAGAUGAUGAGGAGGAAGAAUUUGAUGACAACCAGGGAGAUGUAACACCAAAAAGCAGGUCGAGGAGUACUAGCCCUCAGCCUCCCAGAUUUUCAACGCUCUCUGUAACUGCUUCAUCAUCAUCCCACAGGGCAUCACCUGAAGGUUCUAUGGGGCACUCUCCCCUAAUGAGCUACUUGCCCACCAUGCCAAGUAUACAAGUUACACAUCUCAUGAACACAAGCACUAUGGGUGGGGACUCACAGAUGGUGGACUACCAAAAGCUUUUCCUUACAAGCCGAGAUCACGAUCGGGAAAAAAUGGAUAUGCCUGGUAGCAUGGAUGAAGACUAUAUGCUUACUUCAGAGCCCAGUUCAUCUCCUAGAGACUUCACAUCUUGUAGCCGUUAUUCCUCCCCAGGAUACGAUUCUUCUCCCUGCAGAGAUAAUUCACCAAAGAGGUACCUUUCACUGAGGGGAGAUUUAUCUCCAAGAAGGCACUUAUCACCACGUAGAGAUGCUUCUCCCAUGAGACAUCUGUCACCCAGGAAAGACACUGCACUAAGGAGAGAGCUGUCACCUCGAAGGGAUGUAUCACCAAGACGACAUCUUUCACCAUUACGGCCAAUGUCCCCCGGGAAAGAUAUAUCCACUGGAAGAGACCUUUCCCCACGGAGAGAGAGAAGAUAUAUGGCCUCGUUUAGAGCACUUUCCCCAAGAAGACGUUUACACCAUAAUCCAAGUUUGCCAAUGAGUCAUUAUUUGCACUCAGAGUCCGGAUUACUUGGCCAUGGAAGUUUACGAAAAAUCUGGCCACAGUUCUCAUAUGUAGGCCCACAUCCAGAAGAUGUUCCUGGACACCAAAGCUUUGGCCAAGAUCCUGAUGGCCAUAAAGACUAUGUUUUCAGUCACCUUCCAUUGCACUCACAACAACAGAUACGAGCACCUUUACCUAUGAUCCCAAUAGGCGGGAUUCAAAUAAUUAAUUCUAAUUCUGCAAUCCAAGCCAGUCCUCAGCCUUCUACAACUACACCCUUGCACCUGAGAAGUUCAGAUGAGAAGACUAUUUCUAUGUCCUGUAUCCCACUGCACCUUGAUAAACAUUCUUCUCCUGAUAUUCCUCCAGGAGAAGCUGGAGCUUCCCCUACUCUCUUACCUUCACCGGGGCAAAGCCCGUCAGAUGAAAGUUCACAGCCUACUGAGAGGGAGCAGGAGGAAAAUAUACGUACUUGCACAAAAGCCAUUGCUUGCCUGAGGAUUGCUGCAGAGGAAGGUCAACCGCUGAAGCGGGACCAACUGUCUCGUCCUCCUGAGCCCAAUCAAAAAACUUUAGAAAGUGCACAGUUUGGCAUUAGGCACUUUAGUGGACUUGAAGGGGGCAUGUCUCUUGCAUGCUCCUCAGCCACCCCAGUUGACUUGCACGGAGAAAAAGACAGUUUUGGUACAUCACAGUCUACGCAAGCUCAUUCCAAAUUCUAUAGUAAGACCAUGGACUUGACAAAAUUAGGAUUCCAUGGCAGGAAAGAAGAGCCAUCAAGCACACAGGAUGUAAAGAACUCUUCCCCUGAAUCCAAUAACCUGCAAUGA